AUGACGGCCACGCUGGUGGUGACCAGAAGACCGACGCCAAAGCUCAAUAUACCGCUAUCCGAACAAAUACAGCGGUUUGGCGACACCUCGUCACCGUCUGCCAUCGCGGCAUAUCCUGCAUCCGAUUUCUCCUUCUCUUUCGCCAAGGACACGUUCUCCUACGCAGGAGACGGGCUGAGCUACUAUGCAACGUCGGCGAACAAUAGCCCUCUACCAUCUUGGAUCAAGUUUGAUACCAACAGCCUGACGUUUACAGGAAAGACGCCCCCGUUCGAGUCAUUACUUCAACCACCCCAGAAGUUUGACUUCAGUUUUUCUGGGUCUGAUAUAGUCGGAUUCGCGGCCGUCUCCGUCGUGUUUUCCAUCGUUGUUGGCGUUCACAGACUCACAACAGACACCCCUAUCAUUCGACUCAACGCGACUCGGAGGACAGAGGUUUCCUACACGGCGCUGGCUAGCAGCAUCAGAUCGGACGGCAACGCUAUUGCGCCAGCCGACCUUGAUCUUACCAUAUCUGAACUACCGAGCUGGCUCUCGGUCGAUAAUACAACACUCAAAAUACAAGGAAACGCCCCUGAUGAUGCACAGUCGUCAAACUCAACACUCACUUUACGAGAUGCAUACGCCAGCACUCUCGACAUUCUUUUGUCAAUCACCGUCAUAACGCAAAUCUUCCGAAAUACGAGUUUAGCCUUCGAAGCUACGCCUGGGGAGGAAUUCUCAUUUGAUAUCGAACCUUACCUAUGGACGCCUUCAGACAUUGAGUUAGAAGUCGACACUCCAGAAUCUUGGGUCAUGCUUGAGGGGCUGGUUUUAUCAGGAACGCCCCCCAAGACUGGGUCGCCUAGCAAUAUCGAGAUCAUCGUCAAGGCAACAUCGAAGAGCUCACAGGAAUCAGAGACAGCAACAGCGGCCCUCAAAUUACUGUCUGUGCCAGCUACCACUUCAACGGCUCCCACACCCUCAGCCAAACCAACGAAUCCAGCGGCCAGCGACAGCUCGAAACAGGGGCUGAAAGCUGGCUACAUUGUCCUCGCCAUAUUGCUUCCUCUGCUCUUCCUGGCCAUUCUUGUUCUCUUGAUCAUCUGCUGCCGCAGAAGGAGACAUCGAGAAUCAGUUCAGGACAGCCUCAAAAACAAGAUCUCGGAACCCAUUCCCGGCACGUUUGUGAUGAAUGGCGAACCGCACAGUAGACACGGAUCCGAACACUCCAUUCUCGGGACGAUGAAGCCGCCUGAGAGCAAUCGACACAGCAGGCGUUACUUCAAUUCUGCCGUACAGAGAAUGAGGCAAUCAAGAACACUCUCUACCAUCACCGGGUCCCUCAAACAACCGCUCUUCUUAUUUCUGGAGAGGAUCCGAACGAAGCUUGUCGCCAAGAUCUCCGUUGUCGCCAAGAUCCCCUUCCUUCACAUCCACUUGGCGUACUGA